GUAAUGUAUUGAAACGAAAACGUUGCGGAACGUUGUUGGCGAACGAGGGUUUGUUUAAUCUGAUUUGGAAAAGAAAUGCAAAUUUUUAUUCAUAUUUUUUGGUAAAUAAUAUAUUAUAUUACAAUUUGUUCAAAUUAAUUGCGAAUUAUGUCCUAUUAUACGCGAAAGGAGAUUGAUGAACUUCACAACGACAUAACGUCAAUUGUGACUAAAGCGAGUGGCAGUGGUGGCAGCAGUAAUGAUGCUUUGGUCAGAACAAUUGAACAUUGCCUUCAUAAUGGCUAUGAACGCCGACGUAUACAUGAAAAACUGGAGAAGCAUUUGGAUGCAAAAAGUACCGGCAGACUUGUAGACAAACUAGUUGAAAAAUUAGACGAGUACCGUCGAAGAGGCAGAAAACGUACAAAUGCUGUGGAGGAUUCAAUAACUGAAGUUCCGAAGAAAUCACGUUUUGAUUCUAUUGAAAAAAAUGGAAAUGAUGUAAAAGUCCAAACGAUAGAAAAUCCUACAACAUCUGUUGCAACCGCUUUGAGUUCAAAUCAAAUAAAGUUGAUGAUGGAAAAUGCCCAACGUGAAAUUGAAGAGCGAAAACGAGCUUUGAAUAAUUUAAAAGCUAAGGAUCCACUACUAGCAGCAGUUCCACAGAUUGGAUUACCCGUAGCGUUAGCUACGCAGGUACUGGCCAAAAAACCUAAACCAGAGGAUGUUGAUAAAGCAAAAAAACUUGCUGAAUUGCAUGCACAAAUACGUGCCAAACUUUCUGGGUCAUUGGGGAACUUAAUACAGCCUGUUGCUCAAAUUCCAGACAGACCAAAACCAUUGAUUUUAGAUGAAGAUGGACGUACUAUAGAUAAAAGCGGCCGCGCCAUAAGUAUACCGACCUUGACGCCUACUCUCAAAGCUAAUAUACGCGCGAAGAAACGUGAAGUUUUUAACAAAGGUCAAGGAACAAGUGAGCGGAGUACCACUAAUGAUGAUGCAGUAAAGUUCUUUGACGAUCGGAUAAAUCAAAAGCCAAUUCUGCGUACGAAACGUACAUUACGUUUCCACGAACCAGGUAAGUUUCAACAAAUGGCAGAACGUCUACGCAUGAAAUCACAACUCGAGCGACUUCAAAAUGAAAUAUCGCAAAUAGCGCGUAAAACCGGUAUAAGUUCUGCUACAAAAUUGGCUUUGAUAGCUCCUAAACAAGACACUCCUGAUGAUGUACCAUGUAUGGAAUGGUGGGACUCGGUAAUAUUAACAAAUGAUUUUAAUAGUAUAGAUGAGAUGGGUAAAAUAAGUAUAAGAAAAUCAGCUAUAACCAAUUUAAUUGAGCAUCCUACUCAAAUGAAACCACCAAAUGAACCACUUAAGCCAGUGUUUUUACCAGUAUUUUUAACUAAAAAGGAACGUAAGAAACUGCGUAGGCAAAAUCGGCGAGAAGCUUGGAAAGAGGAACAGGAAAAAAUUCGUCUUGGACUGGUUGCACCGCCAGAACCCAAAUUACGUAUUUCUAAUUUAAUGCGUGUAUUGGGUACGGAAGCGGUACAAGAUCCAACAAAAAUAGAAGCACAUGUUCGUGAACAAAUGGCUAAGCGGCAAAAAGCGCAUGAAGAGGCAAAUAAUGCACGGAAGCUUACUGCUGAACAAAAAAGCGAAAAGAAAAUACGUAAAAUAAAGGAAGACACCACAUGUGGAGUGCACGUUAGUGUGUAUCGCAUACGAGAGUUGCAAGAUAAUGCAAGUAAAAAAUUCAAAGUCGAAACCAAUGCAAAACAAUUGCACAUGACCGGUACGGUUGUACUCUUCCGUGACUGCUGUGUGAUUGUCGUAGAGGGAGGUCCGAAGCAACAAAAAAAGUACCGUAGGCUUAUGCAACACAGAAUUAAAUGGGAAGAAGAUAUUGUAAAAGGUCCCGAUGGGCAUGAUGUUCCAAACUCAUGUGUAUUGGUCUGGGAAGGCACAAGUCAGCGGCGUCACUUUGGGGAAAUCAAAUUUAAAGUGUUUCCAAUGGAGAAAAUGGCGCGUGAGUUCUUUCAAAAACAUCAAGUCGAACACUAUUGGGAUUUGGCUUACUCUGGCGCUGUUCUUGAAGCAUCUACAGAUUCUUGAAAGAAAAUUGUUUUACCUUAAAUAAUAAACACAUUAAAAAUAA